CAAUUAGACGCGGCGGGGGUGGGUUGUUAGUGACACUAUUGAAAGGCGGCUCGCUCGACCAAUUGGAGGCAACGGAGGCAGCAGUAUGGCUGACCAGGAGGCCUGGCGGCCCCCACGAGCCUGCGACGAUUACUGGUCCGAAUGGAAACAGUGCAAGACCAUCCUGAACCUCUUCCACCAUUACUAUACAUAUGGGGAGACACCGUCCUGUACACAGUGGAAAAGAGACUACCAGAAUUGCAGAGCAUGGGAGAAAACUAAAAGCGCGGCCGCAAAGGAUGCCCUAUGUAACAGCGAAAGGGAGCGGAUUGCAGAGAAGCAGAAGCAUACUCCGGUGUGGACCCUGAGAAAAAGCCCUCCAGCAGAUUGGUAUAUGCCCCUUGAUGAAGACAAGCCAAAGUGACAGAGCCCAGAUUUGAGACAGAUGCGAUGUCUCUUCAAAGGUAUCCCAAAACUGUGCUGUACGGGACAAUUUCUGGCCAUAAAUCCAUGUUCCUGUAAAUCAUAUACCUCAUUUUAGUUUGGGCCUGUACUUGCAAUAGAUUUAUCUGUUCCUGAUCUUUGUGUUGUGAUGUUGUGUUAAUAUAGUUGGAGGUGGGAUUUGUCGCAGUGUUUUUCUUGUUUACAAGGCUUUGCAGGCAUUCCUAAACCCCACUUUGUCUUGUCCCCUUGGUCAGAAAAUGGUUCUAAAAAUCAUUUUAUCCCUAGUUGAGCUGUAGCCAGAUGAAUCUCUGAAAAGAGCUCAGAGGGUUUCUAUAGCUAUUGCAAUGUGCAGUUGUUUUGUGUAUUGACUGCAAGUCACACAGUUCUUCCAUUUGAUUCUGGGUUAAUGAAGUUGACACAGACAAAUCAAAGUGUAUCCUGAGGAAAAUGUGGGCUUGGUAUUGUGAACAAACACAGCACUCCUGAGAGAUCUAACCCAGUGAUUCCUAAACUUUGGCCCUUUCAGCCAACAGGACUUCUGGGAGCUGAAGUCCAUAUCUGGAAGACUAAAGUGUGGAAAUCACUCAUCAAAGCUCUUCCUAGAGAAGUGUACACAGCAAAGUGAUAAGAACAUUUUUGAAGAGUUUCUCUCUCUCCAAAAAGCAGGAAGAGUAUAAAGCAACCUACCACUUCAAAAUGAGCACUCUCAUUCCCAAAAAACAUCAUUUUCAGAUUGUUUUUUAAAAGCCUUCUCAUAUGCAGUCUAUAGGCGGGAAAGUCUGUAUUAGAGACAAGGUGGCAAACAAAGAAUUGAAUGUACUGUAUUUGAUCGAAUGCAUAACAAAACAAAAGCAGUGUGAUUUUAACUCACUUCUGACAAAUAAACGUAUGUACUUCUU